CGUUGCUCUGUUUAAAAAUAUUUAUUUUUAUGUAUGACAACAUCUAGAAUUUGCUUAAUCCCCAAAUGAGUAAAUUUUAUUUGAGAUUCAAUUUUCUAAGAUGGCGACCAGCUGUGGUUAUGAAUUCAAGUUGAAACACUUUGGAUUUGAUGAUUGCACAAAGAGAGAGUUCUACCUAUCACAGUGGGGUCGUUCGAAGAUCAUUUUCAUUGUCUACCGGAUCAUUCUGUUUCUAUACUGGACGGGAUGGGUUAUCUUCGGAACGAUCGAAUACUCGGGACACGAAAGAGGUUGGGCAUACUACGUUUUCCUCUCCCACUGGGACGAAUGGCUGAUGGUCUUCAAUUUUGGAAUAUCAUUGUCUGUUGCAAUAUAUGGAUACUCUCAAUUAGACGAACAUGAUUCAGGUGGUCUUCGCUGGUUCCAUAAAUUAUCAUGGGCAACUCGGUCUGUCAGCACCACCGUUGCUUACGUAGUCACCAUCUUAUUCUGGGCUUUGGUGAAAACAACGGCGAAGGCUUCAACCGCAGUCAACAUACAUCGCCACGCACUGAACGCGGUGUUCGUCACAGUCGAUCUUUUUGUGAGCAGAGUCCCAGUCAGGCUUCUUCAUUUCGUAUAUCCAAUGCUAAUAGGAAUAACCUAUGUUUUAUUCACAUACAUAAUUCAUGCUGCCGAUGUGAUGUCUUCUUUCUAUAGAAACGCUCUAGACUGGGAAAAAGUGCCGGUAACUUCAAUCGUUCUUUGCAUCCUGGCUGUUUUGGUCGCAGUUCCGUUGCUACACAGUUUGACCUUUGGCAUGUACCACUUGAGGGCGUUUAUUGCCAGGCGCAUAGCAACCAGUAGUCAAAUCAAAGAACUAACUGGAACCUCAAAUCAAGCUUUUGAAACUGAAGUUAUAUAGAAGAUAUUGGAUAAAUUAUUACUAUAACAGUCGUUCUACAUUAUAAGUUAAAGCAACAUUCAGUCACUAGUCAAUAGUUUAUAUUUUCACGUACCGAAAAAACGAAAGUGUACAAAAUAAUGGAUUUGAGAGUGAAUAGCGACGCGAUGAACUAGUAACGGUUAUCCAGCAGCGUCACUUAUGUGGGAGUCUAACAUUGAAUCAUACAAAGAAAAAAAAGUCGAACAAUAUUUACUAACAGAAGCCUGCCUUUUAAGUACGUUUAAGCGUUUACUGGUGUUUCUCCAGGCAUGACUGGCGUUGCAACGAAAAACAAUUCACCUAACGAACAUUAGGACGCUGAACAUUGAGUACUUAUGAGUAGGGCUGGGCAUUUCGAAUCGAAUUAUAAAUUAUUCGAAUCAGUUUAAAGCUAAAUUUCGAAUUGCCGCCAUCUUGUUUUUA